GUCAGCACACAGCGCAAAGCCGAGCGACCGGAGCUGAGCGUGUGCCAAGCUGUCGGGUCGUGCAGACUAAAAUGGGACAUUACAUCUCACAACUUUUUCACUAAGAGGAAUUCCAGACGGAUUAAUGGCAUGGCUGUCGACGCUGCCUCCAGCUUUAGUUUCUGUCGUCCUGCAGUAGAGUACAAGGCACUUCCAGAAGACUUUAAGUACCAGCUCAGCCGCUGCACCGGUGGAAAUCUUACCUGGCAUGAGUGUCUUGGGAACAAAACAGCAGGCGGUCGUACUGUCAAACUUCUACAGCAGCCAGGAACCGAGGCCUUGCAGCUUCACACAGGGGAAGCAUACUCUGUUUACCACACUAGUCCCACCCUGCCAAGCCUGUCUAGGCCAGUGGUUCUGUGGUCCCAACAGGAUGUGUGUCGGUGGUUAAAGAAACACUGUCCUCACAACUACCUGACCUACGUGGAGGCUUUUUCCCACCAUGCCAUUACAGGCCGAGCUUUGUUGAGACUGAAUGGUGAAAAGUUGGAGAGGAUGGGUCUGGUACAGGAAACUCUCAGGCAGGAGCUUCUUCAGCAGGUCCUGCAACUGCAAGUCCAGGAGGAGAGACGCAACCUCCAGCUGCUCAGCAGAGGGACUUUUGGGAACCUGUCAUAGCUACAGCCAUGCGUGGGCAGCUCUGCCAGGCUCAGUGCUGUGAGAGGGCAUCAAGGCAUGGGGCCACACGCUGUGUGUGUGCAAGAAGAGACCUCUGUCUUGGACUGCCACAGGCCACUGAGGCUUUGGCAGAGCUUUCAGCAUUACCAGCUGAACCUUCAUGUCCAUCUGAGAUUCCAGAAGAGCACAGACUAAAUCUGCAGCAACAAGGAGAGUAAACAAGCUAACCUGAAUCUCCCCUCUGAGCGUAGUGUAUUACUCUAAAAUGUAGUGUCUCUGUGAGCACAAGGCUGCAGAACUAUAACCAGGAGUGCUGGGAAACACACGUUUUGCUGGUUACCUUAAGCUGUUUUCUUCUGCAGAAGUAUUUUUCAUUUUCAUGACAAGUGAUUUUGUCCACAAAGACUAUGUGGGUGAUUUUUCCACUGCACAAUAACUCACUGUAAUAAUCUUUCAAGAGACAAAUGCCAGCUAGGAGACCGAUGGAAUCAGCUACAGUGGAAUUACGCAAAAAUUAAGAAAGCAGCAAGCCUUGACAUGCCUUUCAAAGGUACCACAUCUAACUGUGAAAUGUCAGAGUGGUAUUGUAACACAGCUUGAAGGAAAGAUGAGGUGAUAAAAACAAGCUCAUCAGGACUUCACAUUGUUUAACACUCAUCACUCAGUAAAUGUUGUGGUUAAAAAAAAAUACUAAGAAAGAAAUGAAAGAAAUCAUUGCUCCAUGACUUUUACUACACACAGAUUUAGGCGUUUCUAGUCUAUUUGUCACCUUGAUAACACACAGAGCUUUACUUGGAGACAUUAGAGCAUUACAGAAAUUCCACAAUAAAAGGUUGACAUUCUCUCCAUACUUUGUUUUGCAUACUGAACAUUCACUGACGUGUAAUGGCUUUUUAAAUAUAGUUUCUUUUAAGAACCCUUCUGGAUUACAUGGCACCCUUUGCCCUGAGCACACACGUCCAAACACCCUUUUACAUUCUGGUUUUUACCUUAUGUUUGGAUUCUUCAUAUUCAUUCCUUUUGAGGUCUUAUUUUAAAAUAUGUAAAUAAAGAACAUGACGUUAAGCCUAGAGAAAUGUAUACAAAUAAUUAGUAACUAUUUCAUUUGGAUCUAUUGUAAUUUACCCCAAGUUUCUCAUGUGUGGGUUUUGAUGUAUGUUGUUGUAUAGUAGUUAAAGCGAUUUGAUGAGUUGGACUGACAUAUACAUAAGUAUUACAGCCUCAGUAAUAUGUGCCAACACUACCUCACUGCUGGCUCUCCAUAUGGAUUGUUUGGGGGUGUACUGUUCAGGCAUUUUGUAUAUGAUUUUGUAUAUGACUUAGAUUAUUAUGUGUAGCCUACAAGUCUGAUAGGCAGACUGUUACUUUUUGAACACAGUGUCUCAUGGUGUAGCCUACUGAAAGAAUAUAAUAAGCAAAACUUAUUGAGCUUUUGGAUAAUUUUCCUUCUUGCAAUGAAUAAAUAUCUGUGCGGGAUUUGAAAGGUGGAUUAUAUCUCAUUUGCACAAAUACAGCUUAAGCCUAUCAUUGGUACCGCAUGCAUUCUACAUUGUUUUUGUUUUCCCUGGCUUAGCUUAUUAGUGCAUUGUGAGUGGAAUUAGAUAUUUUUAAAACCAGAUGAAACAAAAUUUCUGUGCAUAUGUUCACCAGGAGUGAGAAACACUGUUGUGGUGGUGUCACACAGUUAUCUAUGAUGGAAGCAGUUGUUGGUGUAUUCUGCCAUCUACUGACCUUUUUUUUUCUUUCUUACCCCCAAAACAAAAAUUCCUAAAAUGAAUGCCAGCCCCAAGGAAGGUACAGUGGUAAAUUAAAGGAAAACCAACACACAAUGUUUUAGUAAGAUGUUGGACAACCGGAACAGCCAGAAUAGCUUCAGUGUGUCUUGUAAUAGAUCUCUCGAAAUGUACUGGAUGGAUUAACACCAUUCUUCCAAAAUAUAUUCCCCAGCUGGUGUUUUGAUGAUGGUAGAGAGCGCUCCAAAAUCUUCUAUAAGUGUUCAGUUGGGUUGAGAUCUAGUGACUACAAAGAACAAUAUCAUAUGGUUUACAUCAUUUUUAUACUCUUCAAACCAUUCCAUGAUGUGGGCAUUGUCAUUCUGGAAGAGACCACUCCCAUCAGGAUAGAAAUGCUUCACUAUAGGACAAAGCUGAUCAGUCAAAAUAAAUUUGCAUUGAUUUGCAGUAACGCUUCCUGUGGAAAACCUCAACAGCAAAAUGCCCCCAUGGCAUCAACCACUGCUUCUCCUUUGUUUAGUCACCUAUCAGUGUAACGAUACUCAAGUCAAGUGGGUUUUUAUUGUCAUUCCUCUAUACAGCUUGUAUACAUUGGAAUGAAAUGUUGUUUCUCCAGGGCCAUGGUCAACACAGAACAGUAUGCAAGACUACAUAAAGUGCAAUACACAACAGUGUGAGACGAGUGCAGGACAAUAAAUACACAGAACAGAGCAAUAGAUACACAGGACAAUAAAUACACAGAACAUGGGCUGUAAACUGUGAACUACUUUGUAGUAUAGCAGCAGUAAGUAUAGCAGCAAUAUUGGCAGCAAAAGUAAGUUCCAUAAUAAAAAGUGUCUGAUGCAACUUUGUAAACUGCAGGUGUGCAGUGAUACUGUUACUUACCUUUUGACAAACCGGGCAUAUUACUGUCAAAUUCAUAAUUUCUGGCACCCUAUAUGAAGAAUGUACAGUCAGGUCCAUAAAUAUUUGGACAUUGUCAAAUGUAUUGUUAUUUUUAGCUGUCUACUAAAUAAUAAUAAAAAAAUAAUAAUGUAUUUAAUUGCGUUAAACCCUCUGUAUUUACUCUGGUACCAAAUAAUUCCACUGACUGUGCUGAAGGCUACUGAAGAUAUUCAAGGAGGAUGAGGGCUGAUUUUCUAGAGGCAUGAAGUUUCUCAGUAACAGCCACAAGGGUCAUUUCUUUGGAGUGUGUCACAUUUCAUCCAGACUAAUUAAGAUCUCAGAGGUCUGGAGGUUCUGGAAGUUGUAAGGAAUAGAGACAACUGAUUGUAUACAGUACAUUCAAAAUGUUAGAAAGAAAGCGUAGAAGUGAUACCAGUAGUUGCUAGUAGUUGUCUAGUAAAGAAAAGUGAAGAAAAAUGCUAUGGAGCUUGUAUAUAUCACAUGCUUUCAGCUUUCUGUUGUAGAAUGAUGUCUUAAUAGCAGUCACAUUAGAGAAGAACUUUGACAGAAGAGAGAGGUAUGAGAGAUCAGCAUCAAGUGAUCUCCUCCACUUUCUCUCAGCUGCACUUAAUUUUCUCCUGUUGCUGUGUAGCAUGUCUGACAGCCAAGGAACAGGAAGAAAAGAUUUUCCUGGUCUAGAAGAUUGAGGGCAGAGGAGGUCAAUGGAUGAAGAGAGUGAAAAGAGGAAAGUAUUGGUGGUUGAAUCAAGUGGUAGAAGGUAGGGAUGUCAGGAUGCUGAAAGCUAGGGAAGAAGGAGAGAUAGAUUGAGGCAAGUGGGAGAGGAGUACAACAGUCGAGAGGAAGGGCAUUCCUACAAAAUGAUUAUCUGAAAAGUGACCAGUAAUGUUGAUAUCUAAAGCUGAAGAAGGUCAGCUGAAGACCAGGUCCAGAAUGUUUCCUCCCUUGUGUGUUGGAGGGCAGUUGUUGAAGAUCAGGUCAAAAGAGUGAAAGAUAGCGCAGGCAGAACGACUGGAGCAUGACUGAAAAGAGGAUGAAGGAGGUGGAGAGUCAGGUCCCAUCAGAAGGGAAAAGAUUAAGGAGGAUUUCUAUGAAGUCUUCUGGUGGUGGGGGGUGGGGGUAUGAUUUGGUUGGUGAUGUGAUGAUGGAUAACAGCAGUAUGAAGAUUAAUGGGAGAGGUAACAGUAAAAGUGCUGUGCAAGAGCUGUGAAGCUUCAUUCUUGGGACAGAAACAAGCCCAUUGCCCCCACCCCUGUUUCUUGGGGAAUGUGAUGGAAAGCAUACUAACUAACUAACUAACUAACUAACAGGUGCACUAUCUAACCACCUGAGACAACUAAUUAGCCAUGUAGUAAGACACUAAAACAAUAAAAUAAUGAAUAAAAGUCAAUAGUGCCAAGUAUAUUGUACACUAAAUUCAGAACCAUGCCUUACCACACAGAGAAUAGAUCCAUGAUAAGCACUGUAACAUCAUUUAUAUGAUGAAGUGUCCACUAACUCCUAAUCUUUCCUAUGA